GCCAUACCAACUGGUCAUCAGGACAGUGGUAGAAGAUGCUGCUUCUCCUUCUGAUCUCAAGUGCUUUUCUCCUGCCCUGGGCUGGGGCUGGAAGGAUCAUUGGUGGGAAGGAAGUUAAACGCCACUCCAGACCCUACAUGGCGUAUUUACAUAUACAAUUUUUAAGCCAGUCUGGUAUACAGAGUUGUCGCUGUGGAGGGUUCCUGAUUCAUCAAGACACAGUGCUCUCAGCAGCUCACUGUGUGGCUGGAAAAAAGAUAGUGAGGAUCACUGUGAUUCUGGGAGCCCACAACAUCAGGCUCCAAGAAUGGAGCCAGCAGAGGAUCCCUGUUGCACGCUGGGUCAUCCAUCCUUACUAUUCCAGUGUUGGCCACAUAAAUGACAUUUUGCUGCUGAAGCUGAAGACAAAGGCCAAGAUCAAUAUGAAUGUGCAACGUAUCUUAAUAUCCAGGAGCUAUGAAUAUGUGAGAGCAGGAACUAAAUGCAGUGUGGCUGGCUGGGGCUGGACGUCUUGGGCAGGGCACAGCAGUGAUGUGAUGAUGGAGGUGGAACAGGAGGUGCAAGAUGAGGAACCAUGUGAGCAGCUAUUCCGUAACUACAAGAGUCUGUCCAUGAUGUGUGUUGGGGAUGAGAAGAGCAGAAAGGCACCUUACAAUGGUGAUUCUGGUGGCCCAUUAGUCUGCAAUCAAAAGGCUUAUGGCAUUGUUUCUUAUGGACUUCAAGACAACCUCUUCCCUAAGGUAUUCACCAGAAUCUCGUAUUUUGAGCCCUGGAUUCGUAGGCAACUGAUGAGGUUUGCACUCCAAGAGCUGCCUGGCUCUCCAUCCUCUGACUAAAGUGCUCAGUGUCCCUUCUCCACAAUGCAUCAAACACCUGCUGGUGCUCAGAAGCUCCCAGGGGCAGCUGAACUGGGCUCAGAGAGCCCCCAUGGUGCAGGCACAGGCUUUUGCAGUAAGGAGAGUCUCCAUGGCAAAGUGAAAAUGCAGGUCCCAAGUACACACAGCUUCCCAUUGUUCCCUUUCUGCCACUGCUGCUGCAGCUCUGCUUUCUGGCCAUCAAUAAAGGCACGUUCAAACUUG